ACAACUGGAGGUGGACAAAUGCCAGCUGCAAGAAGAGCUGUCAAAACUCCAGCAUCAUUUACACACUAACAUGGUGGAUCGCUCCCAGCUGGAACAAUGUAAAAGAGAGGCGGAAGAACGAGCAGAAAAGGAAAUAAGACAAAAGCUACAAGAAGUCAAUCAGUUUUUGCAAGCACAGGCAGCCUACCAGCACCACUUAGGACAAAUUAGAGACAGGAAUUGUGAUUCAACGAGACUCCAGCUGGAAGAAAGAAUUAGAGAUCUCGAAAGGGAAUUGGACAGCGUUAAAAAAGCCCAACAAGAGAGUGCUUGUUGUAAAGAAGCAACAGAGGGAAAAAUGGAAAUGUACAAAGGGCUGUAUCUGGAGGAAGUGAGAACCAGAAGAUGCCUCACAAAGAAACUGCAAAGGCUGGAAGAACUUCUGAGGAUAGAUAGGAGGAAACCCAGGGAUAAUGAACAGCAAGAAACCCAGUCCCAGCAGGAAGAAAUAAAGAACAAAUAUUCUGAAAAGGUCAAGGAAGUUGAUAGAUUACAAACAGAGGUUGCUGAACUUUCCCAGCAGCUGGACAGGGAAUCUAAAAAAUGCAUGCAGCUGGAAGCCCAAAAUCAGGAUUUGCAAGAAGAGCUGUCCACUCUGCAUAGGAAGUGUGAACAACUGGAGGUGGACAAAUGCCAGCUGCAAGAAGAGCUGUCAAAACUCCAGCAUCAUUUACACACUAACAUGGUGGAUCGCUCCCAGCUGGAACAAUGUAAAAGAGAGGCGGAAGAACGAGCAAGCAAGGAAAUAACACAAAAGCUACAUGAAGUCAAUCAGUUUUUGCAAGAACAGGCAGCCUGCCAGGACACCUUAGAAAAAAUCAGAAGCAGUCAUUUUGACUCACUGAAAAACCAGUUAGAAGACAGAACUAGAGAUCUUGAACGUGCACUGGGAAGGACAAAAAGCAACCAACAAGAAAGACCUUUUCAACAAGAAUCCAGACAGCCAGCAGUGGACAAGUACAUAGAGCUGUACCUGCAGGAAGUGAAAACCAGCAAAAGCCUCGCAAAGAAACUGGAAAGAGCCAAUGAGAGACUUGAAGAGGCCAACCCGAAGCUCCUUUGGGAGCGCCAGAGAAGCAAAUCUGCAGCCACAUUCAGCGAUGUCAGCAGACAUCGGGCUGCAGUUCCACCUCUGGAUUCAGCUGGCCUGGGACACCUUGGGAACCGUCUGGGACUGGGCAGAACUCCCGGCCUCAGAACACACCCCAGCCACGUGUGGUAAAGCCAACGACUUUUGGUCAGCAGAGCAACUGUGGCAAAGAGCACUGUGAGGCAGGAACUUCCCACCUAAGUUCGACACUAAAUUUUCAUCUACGAUCUGUGUGACCUGUUUCAAAUGGCUGAUGUCACCAUGAGUGCCAAAUGCCAUCAGACAUCUGUGAGACACCGAGGAGGAGCCAGCCACGUCCCAAAGUCCAGCGCUGCCCCAGUGGUGGCAGGCCUGGCCCAGCCGUCCCAGGGAGCAGCACCCAGGCCAGGCCGGCACCGCCACAACCACAACCACUGCCUGUGCACUGCCUGCUCUUCCCUGGCAGGAGCCCUUGGUGCCAGUGGGGCAGGCAGGAGCUUUCCUGCUGCCCGCUCAGCCCCUUGGCCACGGAUCUCCUUCUGCCACGCCAGUUGCGGCCUGGAGUGACGGCAACGACACUCCCUGUUCGGGAGGGUGCUCAGGGCUGUGCCAGGCUGUUCCUUGGCACCUGUGUCCCACGAGGGCAGGAGCAGCAGUGCCAGGCUGCCAGCGCCAGGCAGCUGCCUGCAGGUGACCGUGUGAGCCUCGGCAGCGUCCGGCUGAGAGCGUGGCACAGGGAGGCACCGCAGCCACGGCUGCAGGGACAGCACCUCGGGCAUUUGGCUGCCCCAAGCACACACUGCCAGCCUGGGCUCACCCAGUGAUUCCUGUCACCAGCCUGGGAUUGCCCUAAACACACCUUAGGGCUUGAGCUGGGUCACAGUUUCAUCGCAGUUGUGCCAAUAGAUAGUAGGGCACAGAUAGAUUAGACAGAUUAUAAGAUAGGUAGAUAGACAGACAGAUAGACAGACAGAUAGAUAAAUAGACAGAUAGAUAGAUAGGUAGAUAUAUAGAUAUUAAUAGAUUAUAAUUUUCCUCAAUAAAAACUUCAAUUUCACUGAGAUUCCUGAGUGGUGUGCAUAUGAACAAAGGAUUCAAACACAAAAUGCUGAGAUGAAGUCCAGUUUUAAUUUUUGGAGGGCAUUUUGAUUGCCUCUCAGCAGGUGACACCUACUGCAAGUGUAAGAGCUGUCUUUCCUCUGGUCCUUAUAUCUGUUUAAGAUAUAAAAUAGAAUGGUUUUCUGUGGUUCCUUAUAUCUGCCAUGGGACACCUGCACUGGGGGCAGGGUCUGGGAUCAGCUUCCAGGGCUCUGUGAUGUGAGGCCGCCUGGUACUCAGAGAGCAUCCAGCUGUCAGACUAUUUUCAGAGAAGCUUCAAUUUAGCCCAAUGAACUGUGUUCCUGUGGUUUAGAAAUGGUACUCCCCAAUUUAGUGCCCUCACCGAGACUCUCCUUAACCCCAGUGCUGCUCUCUCACUCUCUUUUCUCCUCCAGCCUUUCCUGGCAGGAACCAGGACAGUUGUGUGCAUACAGAAAUGGGAUUCAAACACAAAAACGAGAGAUAUAGCCCAGUUUUAAAUUUCAGAGGCUAUUUUUAAUAUCCUCUGAGCAGACAAAAGCCACUGCAGGUAUAAGAAGUCUCUCUCUUCUAGUUCUUCUCUCUGGUUAAGCGGUAAGAAUGAAAGCCUAUAAGGUCUUUAUAAAGUUUCU